AUGGCAAAGAGAAGGAAAAUAUCUACAAGACAGCGAAUGCUGCAAGACAAGAUGAGAAAAAGAGAAAAGAGGCAAAGGCCUGCAGAGGUUCUGCCAGACGAAGUCUCAGCUAUGACGACACAACAGUCUGCUGUUCCCUGCGGAACAGUAGAUGGAGCUGAUUCAGCUCCUCCCGGUAAUUUUCCGGGGUUUGGUUCGAUGGGGUUUCCACCUAAAGAGGAAAAACCCCUGGCCAGGGUGCAGGCCUCACCUCGAGUGAAAAUGCACUCACCUGCCCCGAGGUUGUCACCUCCUCGGGGAAGUCGUCUGUUUGUCCAUGACGAGGGCAAGGCACCGUCCACUGACUCCCCACCGUGGGUUUGUGCUCCACCGAGGGCACCUGGAUCGGACACAGUGCAUAUGUCUGAUCCAGCAGGACAGGCGCAGCUGGAUACCUCCAGGAUGGAGGAGACCAGUAGAAUAUCAAAAGAUGAGGGCACUUUAACGAAUUCUAAACUGGAAACUGAACGAAUAUCAAAAGGAAACUUGAACGAAAAACUUGAUAUUAUAGAAAGUAUAAACAGAGAUUUGGAGACUGUAGAAAGUAUGAUGGAUUUUAGAGAUGAUAUAGAGAUCAUAGAAAAUGUGAGAGAGUCAAGUGAUAAAACUGAUGAUAAGGAAGAAAUGAAGGAAACAAAUGAGAGUAAGGUAUUUAGAAAAGUGAGUGAUGAAAGAAAUUGUAAAAGUUGGAAUAUAAAAGAUGUAAAUGAACAACGUGAUCAGAGAGAAGGUUGUAAUGUGCAGGAUGAUGGAAAUCAUGAUUUGAAAGCAAGAAAUUUGUACAAUGUAUCUGUUCAGGGCUCUUUCCAUCAAGCUGAUCCUAUGUUUGGAGACACUGCAGGAACUCAGUGUGUGGCAAAUUGUUUAUCAGGUUUGGCUUAUAAUCUUCUGAAAAGUGCAGAAAUGUGGCAAACAGCUGAUAUCAACAAAGUUUUAGUGAAUGGAGAUGAACUUUACACAUACCUGCAGAACUGUUCUUCAAUUACAAGUAGGUAUUUGUUAGUAGAAGAGUUACCACAGUAUUUUGAAUGCUAUAACAAUACAUUUGACUUUACAGUGAAGGUCUCGGUACCAAGUUUCAUUAGUUUAUCAGAGGAGGAGCCAUGUUAUGAAGAUUUUAAUGCUUAUCCUCUAUUUGAAGCUCUCCAGAUGGCACUUACUGAGACAAAUGGGUGUUUUGUGUGUUUUGGGGGAAAUACCCUUUUAAUUGGAAAAACUACUGAUGGCUUUUUCAUAUUUGAUUCACAUGCACGGUGCUCUCGUGGAUAUUUAAGUGUUAGAGGGAAGAGUACAAGAAUUUUGUUAAAGGAUGUUCAGGAUGUAUACUUACAUCUAUGGUCUCUGGCUCUUUCUAUGGGAUUUUCAAGAACUGUUGAAUGUGAAUUAACUGGAGUGCUGUGUUCACUGAAGCAUUUUGCUAUUGCAGAAGUUAACAAGGUUGAACAUGUUGAAGGUGAUGUAAAGUUUUCAGAAGCAUUCAUAAGUUCAAGACAAGGUGUCAUGAUAUCAGAUCAAUCAAACGUUGAAGAAAAUGAGAGAUAUGCAAGAGGAUUGCAAGGUACAAAGCAAGAGAGCUUAUUGUCAGAUCAGUCAGAGAUAUCACAGACAAAUGAGGUGAUAUUUAUGGAUGAGGAAGUAAAACAACACAAUUUUAUUCCUUUGUCUGUACAGAAGAAGAUGGAGUUGAGCAAAGAGUUGGGAUUGUCUUAUUUUACUUCUAGAUAUGAAAAGGAUGCUGUGAUUGUGAAAGGCAUGGAUAUACCUAGCAAGUGUAAAGAAAUCCAAGCAGAUGGAAAUUGUUUCUUCAGGGCAGUAUCAUUCAGUCUGACAAACUCUGAGAACUAUCACCAACUUGUACGAGAAGCUGUUUGUCAACACUUGUUGAAACAUGAAACAAAAUUUCAGCAGUUUAUGAGAUAUGAGGGAUCAUUAAGGUCUUACUUGGUUUCCAGUAAAAUGUCAGAGGAGGGUGUAUGGGCCACUGAAUUGGAGAUUCAUGCAAUGUCGCACAUGUUGAAUGUUGACAUUUAUACUUAUUCAGACAGGAAAUGGAUUUGUUUUAGUGGGGAAGUGCCAAAUCCUGAAGUAAUUGAACAGAAGGAGUCUAUUUAUUUAUACCAUAGACAACAGAACCAUUAUGAUGUUGUUUUACGUGUUUCAGCAAGUCUAUCAGAAAAGGAAUCGGUCAUGCAAACAAUGUCUUGCAAGAGAGAGUAUAACUUGCGCAGAGGAAAUCGACUUCGAAUGAAAGAAAAGCGAGAUACUUUUGUAUCGAAAGGGCCAUUGCACUCGAGUAGAAUUCGCAAAGACAAAUUAAGGAAAAAGUACAAGGAUAGUAAGCAAUUCCGGAAUAGAAUUAUCAAGCAUAGGAGAGAAAUGUAUUCAGAUGCAGACACAAAGUUUAAAAUACAGAUUAGGAACAGGGAACGGUAUCGUGCUUUAGAUUUAGAACACCGAGAAGAAGUUCAAAGGGCAAGUAGAAGAAGAAGUAAACUCCAAUACUACACUAGCUUCAAUCACAGAGAGGAAAAGAAGAGGAAAAUUGUUGGGAGAUACAGGUCUGAUGUUCAGCACAGAGAACAGGUGAAAGAAAAAAACAAGGAAAAGUACAGAACAGACUCUGAAUAUCAGGAGAAUUUGAGGAAAGCAAGUACUGAGAAGUAUAAGACAGAUCUGACUCAUCGGAAAAAUGUUAAGAGGGCCAGUACGGAGAAGUACAAAACAGAUCUAAAACAUCAGGAAAAUGUUAAGAAGGCCAGUAUGGAGAAGUACAAGACAGACUUAAAACACCAGCAAAAAGUUAAACAAAGAAGCACUGACAAGUAUAAAAUGGACUUGGAACACAAAACUAAAGUAAAACAGGGAGCCUUGGAUAAAUACAAAGAAGAUGAAACUUACAGGAUGAAAAAUAAAGCUGCUCAUGUUCAAAGAUAUAGUUCAAACGAAACUUUUAAAGCAAAUAUGCAAGAAAGAGCUGCAAGGAGGUAUCAAACUGACAUCAAAGUCCAAUCAAAAGUAAAGAAACGUAGUAAGGAUAGUUAUUACUCAUCUUCAGAAGCAAUGAAGAAGAAGAAAGAGAAAGUUGCACAAAAGAGGAGACUGAAGCAGAUGAACUUGGAACAGGAAGAGGAAGUUAUCAGAUUGUUUAAGGAAAAAGCUAAGGAGGGUCCAGAUUAUGCUUGUACUUGCUGCCAUAGGUUAUUGUUUAAAAAUCAAGUUCAAGCUUGUGAACAUCAGAUGUAUGAGAAAAGUGAAUCUGCAAGAACUAUUUCUGACAUUUGUUUGCUAGACAAGUAUUUGCAUGAAUGUUCUGAAUCUUGUCCGGAAGCAUGUACCAAAUCAUCAUUAUGGAUUUGUUACACUUGUCACAGGAAAAUAAUGAGUGGCAAAGCACCAGCGGAGGCUGCAGUGAACGGUUUGAUUCUGGAAGAUAUUCCACCAGAACUGACUCGAUUAAACAGUUUGGAACAGCAUUUGAUUGCGAUUCACAUACCAUUUAUGAAGGUCAUGGCGCUUCCCCAUGGCGGGCAAAAAAAUGUUCAUGGACCUGUGGUUUGUGUGCCUUCAGAUAUGAAAAAGACAAUCAGUUUACCCAGAAAAGAAGAUGAAAACUUAUUGUUGCGUGUGAAAUUAAAAAGGAAAUUGAAUUACAAAGGCUACUUUGAAUAUCAGUUUGUUAAUACAAACCAUGUCAUGUCAGCCUUAUCAUACUUAAAAGAAAACAAUCAGUGGUACAAGGAUUUAAAAAUAACAUCAUCCUUGACUGAAAGUUUGGAGAGUCAUGAAGAAAUGACAGAUGUUGAUACAACAGAUGAAAUUAAUGAAGAAAUUGUUGCAUUUGAUACAUGUUUACAACCUGUUGAUGUUGCACAGGAAGUUUUAGAUCAUUAUUUCGAUGACGUGUAUAAUAUUGCACCAAGCGAAGGGAAGAAUCCUGUUCGAAUGUUACAAGAACCUGGCAACGAAGCGAAGGCAUUUCCUUGUCAUUUCCCAAGUGGUCGUUUCUCCUGGAAUGAGGAAAGAUCAGAAAAAUUAACUCUCUCGAAAUAUUUCAAUAAUAGGUUAAUGAAUGCUGAUGACAGGUUUGCAAAGGAUACCAAUUACAUUUUUUUCAGCCAGUACAUGUCUGAAUUGAAUCAAGUGAUCGAAAAAACACAAAUUUCACUUAGAAAGUCACUAUCAAAAUGUACCAAUGGAAAACCAAUUACGAUACAUAUGCUGCAAGACCCGACUACUCUCUCCAGUUUGUUGAGAAAUGAUGAUGCUUUAAGAUUUAUGCAGCCAAUAAGAGGAACUCCUGCCUAUUGGUCAAGUACUCAAAAGGACAUUUUUGCCAUGCUGCGACAAUUAGGAAUCCCAACUUGGUUUUGUUCGUUUUCUGCAGCGGAGUACAGAUGGAAUGAUGCUGUUAAAGCUAUAUUGCAACAGCAGAAUGAUAACAGAGAUCCCGUUGAGAUGGAGUGGUCAGAGAAAAAUGAAGUUUUAAGAUGCAAUCCAGUCACAGUGGCUAGAAUGUUUGAACACAGGUUUCAAAUAUUUCACAAAGAGGUCAUUCUUUCCCCAGCAAAGCCAAUAGGAAAAGUAAUAGACUUUUUCCAAAGAGUCGAGUUUCAGCAGAGGGGAUCCCCACAUAUGCAUUGUUUAUAUUGGGUUGAAAAUGCACCUAACAUUGAUUCUGAUGGAGAAGAAGCUGUGUGCGACUUCAUUAACAGAUAUGUGACAUGUUCUGUUCCUGCAGAUAGUGAUGACCCAGAAUUGAGAAAAAGUGUCUUAGAAGUACAACAGCACAGCAAGAAACAUUCAAAGUCUUGUAAAAAGAAAGGCACAGAGUGUAGGUUUAAUUUCCCAAGGCCCCCUUCUCAAAAGACUUUCAUUACAAGUGCAAAUGAACAAGAAAACGCAGAGGAGUGUGAAAAAGAGACAAAUGUAAACAAAGCUUUUGCAAAGGAGAUAUUACUUAGUGUUUGGGAUAAGGUACAGAAUGAUGGUGAAAGAAUCAAAACAACACAAGAAUUGUUUGAUGAUCUAUCACUAACACAGGAGCUGUACGAAGAUGCCUACAACAUGUUAUCGACAAAGAGAUCAGUUGUACUUGAACGCUGCCCGAAUGAGGUAUGGACGAAUCAAUACAACAGAUGUCUGUUGAAGUCCUGGGAUGCUAAUAUGGACAUACAGUUUGUGCUGGAUCCUUUCAGUUGUAUUGUUUAUAUAAUUUCCUAUAUAUCAAAGUCAGAAAGGGAAAUGGGUAUGUUACUCAAACAAACAAAGUUGGAGGCUGAGGAGGGAAAUCACGAUGCCAGACAAACGAUGAAGAAAAUUGGUUCAGCUUACUUGCAUCACAGAGAAGUAAGUGCACAAGAAGCUGUGUACAGAGUAUGUAACUUGAAGAUGAAAGAAUGCUCUAGGAAAGUGUUGUUUGUGCCUGUAGGUGACAACCCAGUGCGCUUAAGUAAGCCACUAUCAGUGCUUAAGAAGAAAGCAUCAAAGGAUGAAGAGAUAAAUGUUGAGGAAGAAGAUGAGGAGGAUGAAGUUUGGAUGACAAACAUUAUUGAACGUUACAUGAACCGACCAGAUAAAGCAAUUUUCCAUGAAAUGUGCCUCGCAGAAUUUUGUUCAGAAUUUAGAGUGCUUGCUAAAUCACAAGUUCCGAAGAAGGAAAAUGAGAAUGUUUUUGAAUUACAGAAUGGAAAGGGUUUUGUGCAACGAAGAACAAGAACACAGCCUGCUGUUGUGAGAUAUCCCAGGUUUAAUGCUGAGAAAAUGUCAGAAAAAUAUCAUCAGUCUCUCUUGCAACUUUUUCUACCCUAUUGGACAGAGGCACAGUUGAAACCACCAGGGUUUGAGUUAUAUGAGGAUUUUUAUGAGACUGGUUAUGUGAAAAUUUUGGGGAGAAAAAAGAAGGAAUCUGUGAAGUCAAUAGUGGAUUUCAAUCAUUCACGUUAUGCAAAGAAUGAAGAUGUUAUUGACAAUGCUCAGGAGGCAUAUGAGAUGAUUGGUGAACCAGAGGAUGCAUGGUCACGAAUAUGUCCAGAAACAGAGGUUCUUAGAAGGGAGGGUAUAGCACAGAGAAAGGAAACUACAGUGCCACAGGAGGAAAACAUAGAUAUCAUACCGGAUAUCGAAAGCGAGAGACAUAAUGCAGAUGUCAUGUAUCAUGUUCACCAAAAUGCAGCUUCAAGAGAGGAAAUGCAAUCUGUUCUUCAAACUUUGAAUGAAACACAGAGUGAAAUAUUUUACUUGGUGCGCGACUGGUGUUUAGGAAAGAUUGCAGGAGAAAAACCUGAACCAUUACAUUUAUUUAUUACUGGUGGUGCAGGAACUGGUAAAAGUCAUCUCAUAAAAGCCAUUCAUUAUGAAGCAUCACGUUUGCUUUCACGAAUAAUGACUGAACCAGAUAAUGUAUCAGUGCUUCUCGCAGCAUUCACGGGAACAGCGGCUUUCAACAUAGGCGGAAAUACACUUCAUCACCUAUUUUCAUUAACAAAGUAUCUUCCCCUUCCUUAUGAACCACUUGGAGAACAAAGUCUCAGUGAAUUGAGAGCAAGGAUAGGAGAUCUUCAGAUCCUAAUCAUUGAUGAGAUAUCAAUGGUAUACAAAAGGCUUCUCUACUAUAUACAUGAAAGGCUGGUGCAGAUUAAGAAGUGCAAAGAGCCAUUUGGAGGGGUUUGUGUUAUUGCUGUUGGGGACUUUUACCAGCUUCCUCCUGUUAAGCAGCGAAAAGACGAGAGACUUUACAAAGAAAAUAUGAGUUAUCCAAUGGACUUCUGGCUUGAGUUAUUUAAAGUCAUUGAAUUAAAAGGGAUAAUGAGACAAAAAGAAGACUUGUCGUUUGCUGAGGUUCUUAAUUCCCUUCGUGUAAGAGAGAGAGAUCAACCGUUAACACAUCAGCAAAGUGCUAUGUUGGAAGAUUGUAUCAGGGAAGGUCCAGAAGAUGUUCUUCAUGUUUUUUCUACCAAUGAAGAGGUUAACGCAUUCAAUUUGUCAAUGCUAAAGAAAUCUUGUGAAGAUUUACUGGAAAUUGAUGCCCAAGAUUACAAAAAGGACAAAACGUCGGGGAAACUGAUACCGAAAAACAAACCUUUGACAAAAUCUAAAAGUGAUGGCCUCCCAAGUUCGCUCUUAUUGUCUGUCCAUGCAAGGGUUAUGCUCACAAGAAAUUGCAAUGUGGAGGAUGGACUUGUUAAUGGAGUAAUGGGGCAUAUCUGUAAGUUUUCAAUGGUUGAAAACAGUGAUAGAGUUGUUAAGGCUAUAGGUGUAAUUUUUGAUAAUAAGGAAGUUGGGAAGAAGUCCGGACAAAAGACAAUGGAUGGAAACCUAGUGUUCAUAGAAAAAGUACAAGAAGAGAUGAAGGAAAAGGCCAGUACGGUGGUAAGACACCAAUUUCCAAUUCGGUUGUCUUGGGCAUGUACAGCUCAUAAGGUGCAAGGAAUGACAACUGAGAAAGCUGUAGUGAAUUUGGAUAAAGUUUUUGCUCCAGGUCAAGCAUACGUUGCAUUGUCAAGGGUUACUUCAAAGACUGGCUUAUUUAUUGAUACAGAAGAUUCAACUCGUUUACAGAGAAAUAUCUAUGCUGAUCCAGAGGUAAAAUCAGCAUUAAGUGAAAUGCCGAAGGUUACUUUUGAUGACACUUCACAAGCCUUACUAUCCACUGGGAAGAAAGUAAUUCUGCAUAACAUACAGAGCUUGCGCAGUCAUUUUGAAGACCUACAAAAAGAUGCAAGGUUUAAAGAGGUUGAUGUUAUAUGCUUAACAGAGACAUGGAUAGGAUCUGGGGAAAAUACGGAGAAAUAUGGACUGCAAGGGUUUCAGUUUCAUCAUCUGCCUAGAAAGGAAGCAUAUGAAGAAAGUGUUGUCUCAAAACAAAGUUUACGCAUGUCAAAGGGUGGAGGAGUUGGGCUGUACUUGAAAGAUAAGGAGGAUUAUGAUAUUGUUCUAAUUGCCCAGAUGAAUAUUGAAGGAAUAGCAGUAAAACUAAUCAAGGAAGAUAUUUUGUUGUUGUGUGUAUAUCGGCCUUGCAUGGAAAAAAUAACAUCAUUCCUACACAAUCUUCAGAAUGUUUUGGGCUUCUUGAAAACAAAUGACUAUGACUGUAUCAUCAUGGGUGAUUUCAAUGAGGAUGCAAGAGCUAAUGGCCCAAUUCAGAGGUUUAUGAGAGAUCAAAACUUCAGACAACUUGUAUCCUUUAGCACUACUGAAAAUGGAACAACACUGGACCAUGUCUAUGUACCUAAUUUAAGACAGAUUGAGGUUCAUCGAUUACCCACAUAUUACAGUUAUUAA